CCGCCCUUCUCGCGGUGGGCGUGCAGGGAAUAUUUUGUCCGUCUCAUCAUUGGCUGGCGUCCUCGAUGAUGUCAUGACAUCCUCUGCAUCUGCAACAGUACUUUCUUCCUCCUAAAAUGCGAGUCAAGUCCCUCUCUUCUGCAGGGAAACAUGGCGAGAAGUCAAGGAACCAACCAGGAGUUGUCAGAGGUGCUCAACGAUCUCUGGCACUUGGACGUCAACCGCCUGAAACCGGGAACUGAUUACAUCAUUUCUCCGCAGGGGCGGGCAGGCUACGUGGCGCAGGGCAGUAACUACGCCAGAGACAGAGCCAGGGCGCCACUCUUCACGUACGUCAAUGAAGACAAGCUGAGGAGCAUCAAGACCUAUUCUCAUUUCAUCAACCUGCUGGACAACUACGAGAUGUCGACCGGCGUGUCAGAGAAGGUGACGUCAGAGGAGUUCGAGGAGAACCACAAGUUUCUGGACGCCAUUCUGGAGACAGAAGUUAUGAAGCAUGCUCACCAGUAUCUGAUCCAGAAGAGACAGUCUCCAACAGACCUUACGCACUUCAAGAGACAGCUCUACGACAUCUGGUUCAGAUUGUACCACCGGGACAGGAGCGGAGGAGAGGAUUCUUGCGGGUUCGAGCACGUGUUUGUUGGGGAGACCAAGUAUGGCCAGGAGAUGAUGGGUCUUCACAACUGGGUGCAGUUCUACCUGCAGGAGAAGCGCGACCACAUCGACUACAAAGGCUACAAAGCAAGAGACAAAAAAAACACACCCGACGAGGACGACCACGUCCUCAACCUGCAGUUCAGCUGGAAGGGUUUGGUCAAGCCCAUCGGAGGCUCCUUCAUCGGCGUGAGCCCCGAGUUCGAGGUUGCUCUCUUCACCGUCAUCUUCCUCGCGUCCACGGAGAAGAGAAUGUCGGUGCUGGUCAAAGUGGACGAGUACACGCUAGAGCUGGUGGUCUAUCGCCACGGGCGCUCCAUCGGCACGUCCUACCCCAAACUCCUCAGCAGCAACAACCAGGAUUUGUAAACGAGCCAUAGCGUCUCAAAUCACAGUUGUUAAGUACAAGACAACCUUAUAGUGUUUUUACUCUUACUUUAAAGAAUAUAAUACAUCCAUCCAUCCGUCCAUUUUCUUCCGCUUAUCCAAGGUCGGUUCGCAGAGGCAGCAGCCUAAGCACAGAAGCCCAGACUUCCCUUUCCCCAGCCACUUUGUCCAGGGAGAUCCCGAGGCGUUCCCAGGCGGAUGUUCUCCCGACAUGUGUUUGUCAUUCUUGUUUGGUGUGUGUUCACAGUCUGGCGCAUAUUUGUAACCGUGUUAAAGUUGUUUAUACGGCUACCCUCAGUGUGAUCAAGUAUGUCUUGCAUUCACUUGUGUGUAUAUAAAAGCCUCAUGUUAUGUGA